CAUUCAAAUCAACCAAUCAUUCUCUCUUUCUCUAUAUAUGUCCUUGAACCAUAACACUUCCUUCAACACAAAACGUAGUAUCUUUAAUUGUUUCUGCAGUUUCAAAUCUCUCGAUCAUGUGUUUCUUUGAUAACAGGUGCGACCGAAACUUGACCAAAGUAAAAAGAGAUGUGGCUUGGUGGAUGGAGGCGGCUCCUCCGCGGAUAAUUUAUCCGGAGAAACCAUCUACUUCUCCGGUUCUUGAGACUAUUGUAGAAGAACGAGAGACCGAAGAAGACGAUGAAAAGCAUGAUGAGGAAGACUUAUGAUCAUCCCUCUGAUCUUUCUUGUUUUUAGAUAGUUGUAUUUUGCUAUAAAUAUGCAUAAGAUGAGAGUUUGUAUUUUUGUAAUGAUAUCUCAUGAUAAUUAAUAGUUCAUCUAUUUCUCGACUA